AUGGCACUAUUAAAAGAGAGUUUUCUUUUGCUUCACUAUUUCGGUAUAUGGCCGUCAGUUGAUUGGCAACCCAGAACGUGGAAAACCAUAGUUUACUCGCUUUACACCUGUUACGUAAUUUUCAGCAUCUAUUGGUUUACAAUCUCCGGAUCUGUUUAUUUACUUGUUAUAAGUGACGAUGUUGAGGAUUUCUCUGACACAUCAUUCAUGUUGCUAUCAAUGCUGGCUAUAUGUGCUAAAGUGAUUAUAGCUAUUUCGAAGAGAUCGGAGAUUAUAAGUGUUCUUACUGCUCUGGAGAAUCAUCCCCAUAAACCGGUGAAUUUGGAAACUCAGUUGUCACAGGAUAAAACCGAUGAACGGAUCAGGUUUUUUACAAUUUGUUAUGGUGGACUCACGGAAGCUACGGUAUGUUACGGAACCAUCGCUCCAUUUUUCCAGAAUAUACCUUUCGGGUUUCUGCCGUACAAAGCAUGGAGCCCUUACGAUUACUCAUCAUCUCUCAUUUACUGGUGCACCUUUUGUCAGCAACUAAUCAGUGUUUUCAUGGCUGCAAAUCUCAAUAUUGGGUUUGACACCAUUAUUUUUGGCAUACUCAUGCAAAUUUGCACGCAAUUCAAUAUGCUCAAGUGCCGAUUGAAGAUGAUCGUUGAUGAGUUUGAUGCGAAGCAGAUUAUGAUGAGAAGCGCUAGUGAUCCAAUGAUACUGCGAUCCUAUGAAAAAUAUAUCGUGGAUUGUGUCAAAUAUCACACCGCAAUAUUCAGUUUUGAUCCNAUCGAAGAAUCACCACCGAUGGCACUAUUAAAAGAGAGUUUUCUUUUGCUUCACUAUUUCGGUAUAUGGCCGUCAGUUGAUUGGCAACCCAGAACGUGGAAAACCAUAGUUUACUCGCUUUACACCUGUUACGUAAUUUUCAGCAUCUAUUGGUUUACAAUCUCCGGAUCUGUUUAUUUACUUGUUAUAAGUGACGAUGUUGAGGAUUUCUCUGACACAUCAUUCAUGUUGCUAUCAAUGCUGGCUAUAUGUGCUAAAGUGAUUAUAGCUAUUUCGAAGAGAUCGGAGAUUAUAAGUGUUCUUACUGCUCUGGAGAAUCAUCCCCAUAAACCGGUGAAUUUGGAAACUCAGUUGUCACAGGAUAAAACCGAUGAACGGAUCAGGUUUUUUACAAUUUGUUAUGGUGGACUCACGGAAGCUACGGUAUGUUACGGAACCAUCGCUCCAUUUUUCCAGAAUAUACCUUUCGGGUUUCUGCCGUACAAAGCAUGGAGCCCUUACGAUUACUCAUCAUCUCUCAUUUACUGGUGCACCUUUUGUCAGCAACUAAUCAGUGUUUUCAUGGCUGCAAAUCUCAAUAUUGGGUUUGACACCAUUAUUUUUGGCAUACUCAUGCAAAUUUGCACGCAAUUCAAUAUGCUCAAGUGCCGAUUGAAGAUGAUCGUUGAUGAGUUUGAUGCGAAGCAGAUUAUGAUGAGAAGCGCUAGUGAUCCAAUGAUACUGCGAUCCUAUGAAAAAUAUAUCGUGGAUUGUGUCAAAUAUCACACCGCAAUAUUCAGAAUAUCAAAAAAAAUCAAUUACAUCUUUAACAGCAUUAUUUUCGUGCAAUACUCCGCAUCUGCCAUAGUCAUAUGUGUCAGCGUCUUGCUGAUAUCACAGAUGCCCAUGUCCUCCCCGAAAUUCAUGACGGUUGCCAUGUACGUAGCAUGUAUGUUACUCCAAAUUCUCAUGUUCUGCGCGGCUGGAAAUGAAGUUACACUAGAAUGCGAAAGUCUGACAACGACCAUCUACAAUACGAAAUGGUAUCUCCUGAGCCCUUCCAUGAAGAAAUGUCUGGGUCUCAUGAUGGUCCGUACCUUGAGGCCAGUCAUCUUUGUGAGCCAUCACAUCAUCAUUCUAUCCCUGCAAUCUUUUUGCAUUCUUCUCAAAUCCUCCUACUCGGCGUAUACCAUGCUUCAACAAUUUUCUGGUUAAUAUUUAUUAUCGAACUAUUUUAUACUCGUAAGUAUUAAUUGACGAUAAACCUAAACUUGACCGGUUAACUGAUUCUUCUUGCCGAAAUGACAUCUAUCAUAAUAAACUCUGUUGGGA